AGGCGUGGCACCCCUGGCCCAGCUGGUCUAACCAAGGGGUCUCCCCUUUCUCCUUUCUCCACAGAGCACUACAAGCACCACUGGUUCCCCGAGAAGCCUUCCAAGGGCUCCGGCUACCGCUGCAUCCGCAUCAACCACAAGAUGGACCCCAUCAUCAGCAAGGUGGCCAGCCAGAUCGGACUCAGCCAGCCCCAGCUGCACGGGCUGCUGCCCCGAGAGCUCACCCUGUGGGUGGAUCCCUACGAGGUGUCCUACCGGAUAGGGGAGGAUGGCUCCAUCUGCGUCCUGUAUGAGGAGGCCCCGCUGGUCGCCUCCUACGGGCUCCUCACCUGCAAGAACCAAAUGAUGCUGGGCAGGCGCAGCCCCCCCAAGAACUACGUGAUGGCGGUCUCCAGUUAGCUCCCCUGCCCCCCCCACACCGGCACUCCACUGUACUCACCCUGCCUGGACAACAGGCCACAGCAUACCUCAACCUGGGGAACUGUAUUUUAAAUGAAGAGCUAUUUAUAUAUAUUAUUUUUUUAAGAAAAGGGGAGAAAAAAAACCGUCAAGAUUUUUUUAAAGAAAAAAAUCCUAAAAGGGUGCUGCGUGGAAGCGGCCUCCCCAGGUGCCUUUGGAGAGAACUGUGGUGGCUUCAGUCUGGGGGGGCAGUGUCUGCCUAUGGGAGGGGGAGCCGCUAGGGGUGGGCCUGACCAAGGGGAGGUGGGAGAAAGCUGGGCCAGCACCUCAAGAUGUGAGAGGGAACAAGCGUGGUUGGCAGCUGUGAAUGGGAGAGAUGGGACCUCGCGCUCUCCCCCGCCCGGACACCUGCAUCCCUGACCUCAGGGCCAUUCAAGCCUGGACUUAACUCGUGUUGCCUAAUCUUCACUUUUAUUUUUCUGAUGAGAUCCUGGGCAGAGAGUGAUUCCUUUUGUCCCAAACAGCUUUCCUUAAAAUCAUCACUUGUUUCUAAUUCUAUCCUCAGGGGCCUGUAGGUAUUGCUUCCCAGCCAGGAAUCUAAAGCUUUUUGUUUUGUGGGAGUCAAGGGAGUGAGGCAGGGUUGGAGGUUAGGGGGGGACUAGGAUGGCAGGGUACUCUGCACAAAACCUCUGCUUGGCAAUGUGCUGCUCUGUGUGUAGUGUGCUGAAUAACCCGGGGGGACUUGCAAUGGACUUGAAGACCCAAAGAGUGUCCUCUAGGUAUUUACAAAACCCUUCUUUCUGGAUCCACAUGAAAGUGCUAAUGCUGCUGCCAUUAUCCCUUUGAGAGGUGGCUCAAAAGCUACCGGGAACUCCAAGUCCUUUGUUACUGCCUUCUUUUUAAAAGCACAACACUCCUCCUCUCUCACUCUCCCCGCUCUUCUCCCCUCUGGUUGGGUCAUGGAGUGAUCCUAUUUUCUUAGUCACUGUGCAAUAUGGCCUCCUAGUCCCAGGAGGAUGUGGAGAACUGGCCCUCAGAACCUCCUGGCGCCCUAGGGAGCUGGGGGAGCCAUCUCUCCCUCUGUCCUCGGAACUGGCUGGCUGCUCAGCCUUGCAGGUGUCCCUUGGCUGACCCUGGAAAGCCCAAGUUCUGUAGGAUUCCUGGGUAUUCUUGUAGGGCUGACACUAAACACCAAACAUUGGGCAUUGUUUUUUCUCCCUGGUGCUCAGAGCGCCUCUGGGAGAGGUUGCUGUCUCUCUCAGUGCAAUCCAAAUUUGUCUGUAGACUUGUGCAAUAUUUACUGUUUUGGGUUGGAGAAAAAUGGCAAACUACCUUUGGUUUCUCAGUGACAUUAGUGAGGGGUUCUCGGAAGGCCUUGAGUUUCCCAAACCUGAAUCACCUUAAAAAGGACAUAGCGAGGCCAUCUGGUCAACCUGGCUACCCUCCUGCUAUUGACCCUUAGUGAGGAACCUUCUGCCCCAACCCCCAAAGUCCCCUCCCCACUGCAUUCCCCUUUCCUGGGUUUCUUAACUACGCAGUUCUGACUCAGAGGUGCUAUUUACCAAACACUCUCCCAACCCAUUCCUGCCUGUUCUGCCUCCUCCUUUUCAACUCUCCAGACCCUGUUUCCAAUCUUAAUUGCUUUAAAGGGGACUUGGGGCCCCACAGACCCAAGAGCUUCUAUUCUGGCCUGUGGGUUGAAACAAAGCUGAGAAUCACUGAAGUUUUCGUUGUUGCAUGUUGCAAACAGGUCCUGCCUUUUCAGAAGCAGCCUCAUGGUCUCAUGCUUAAUCUUUUCUCUCUUCUCUUCCUUUUGACGUUCACUUUAAAAAACUAAAUGCCCAGAGCUGGACUGUUGAGCAGGCCUGUCUCUCCUAUUAGGUAAAAAUAAAUAGUAGUCCAUUUGUAAGCUAUUCUGAAAGAAAAGACAAAGGUUACUAAUUGUAUAAUAGUGUUUUUAUAUGGAAGAAUGUACAGCUUUAUGGACAAAUGUACCCUGUUUUGUUACUUUAAUAAAACUGUAGCAGAUGAA